UAUGGGCAAACGGUGUACACUGUACAGAUGUACACCAUAACACUAAUGUGCUGUGCGAGAGUAUACACUUGCCUCUUACAGAUAGAGAAACAACUUUUGUGUUGUUUUACUGUUGUGAUGUUUAAGCCAAUGUCUUGCGUGCAACAAGACAAGAACUUGAAGUCUUCGUUUCCAUGACCUAACUGUAGCGCCCGAUAUACUUUCCUAGUCAACAUUUCAUAAAAGUAUUGAGCUCGAGAAAGUUUGACGCGGGUGGACGAGAAACCUCGCUGUCAAUGCGAGUAACCACCAGAAAACGCCGGAAGAAUACAUGUUACGACUUCGCAAAUCAAUAUUCCAGAUGUCAAAACCAAUACUAGUUGCUUUUGAUUUCGAUCACACUAUAGCUGAUCAAAACACCGAUAUAGUCGUGCGAGAUUUGCUUCCAAGAGAGAAAAUAACAGAUGAUGUUACAAAGCUCUAUAGAUCAGAUGGUUGGACAGCUUACAUGCAAAAAAUCUUCUUUUUGUUGCAUGAGAACGGAAUUACACCGGAAACUAUUGAAGAAGCGGUUAAAAAGAUACCCGUAACGGCCGGUGUUGAUAAACUCCUAAAGUUUUUGCACCAAACUAAUAACGAAGUUAUUAUAAUUUCAGACUCAAAUUCUGUUUUCAUUCGAAAAUGGUUAGAAGCGACAUGCUUGAACUAUACAGUGCAGAAGGUGUUCACGAAUCCAGCACACUACGAUGAUAAUGGGUGUUUGAGGAUACAAAUGUACCAUACUCAAGUAAGGUUUUGUGUGACCUUGAUUGAACAUACAAAUAAAUAUAAAAUUCUGUUUUGUUGCCAAGCAUGCCUACAGUUAAUAGUCCUUAAAAUAUAUUUUCUUGGUAGUGUCAGCUACGGCACACUAAGUAGCCAAGCUUCUUAA